CACGAUUUUUUCCCUACCUGUUAUUUUCCUACCCAGAUCUGUCUGUUCAUACCUGGGCAAAGUCUCUAGUGAGUGCUGUCAUAUGGGAGAUGGUCGCCAAGCUAGCGAUGUCAAGUGGGCAUGGAGUUGUGAUGAUGGAAUGAGGAAAAUUUCCCCGUGGGUUUGGGUUUGGCCUCAAUGAGGGUAGGCUUAGUUGAGAUACUUAUACGUCUGGUGAAUGCUUUCUAUUUUUCUGUUAGACAAGUUUUGAUACGCAUUCACGCUUCUCGAUAUUGAAUUCCAAGUUUUCGUUUUCAAAUCCUUCGAAGUUUGAAUGUCUUUCUUCGUUAAGUACUGAACCCGGUCACGAAUACCUCGAGUUCGAGACAAGAACUACAUAUCCUUCCCCAACUCAAACAGAUAUCUACCCCUGUUCUUCUCUUAAACUCCUUCACAAUGGCUCCUUCAGCCCUAGAACCAGUCUCCUUCUACCCCGAGCGAGACGGCCUCGCGCUCGAGAACCUCUCGGACGACAUCGACGCAGUCAACGUCCUCAAAGCGACCCUCAAAAAAGAAAACCCCAUGCUCUCGAAAUCCUCAUUCGACGCCGAAAAAGACAAGACCCAGUUCCGCCAAUACGAAGCCGCCUGCGACCGCGUCAAGAACUUCUACCGCGAGCAGCACGAGAAGCAGACCGUGGCCUACAACCUCAAAGCGCGCAACGACUUCAGAGCCCAGACGCGCGCCGAGAUGACGGUUUGGGAAGCCAUGGAGAAACUCAAUACCCUGAUCGAUGAGAGUGAUCCGGAUACCUCGCUCUCGCAGAUCGAGCACCUGCUGCAGACGGCCGAGGCGAUGCGCAAGGAUGGCAAGCCCAGGUGGAUGCAACUCACGGGCCUGAUCCACGAUCUGGGCAAACUGCUCUUCUUCUACGGCGCCGAGGGCCAGUGGGACGUCGUGGGCGAUACGUUCCCCGUGGGCUGCGGUUUCGAUAAAAGGAUCAUCUACCCGGAUACCUUCGCGGGCAACCCGGACCACGAUCAUCCCAUCUACGGCACCAAAUUCGGGAUCUACAGUCCGGGCUGCGGGAUGGAUAAUGUGAUGUUGUCGUGGGGUCAUGAUGAGUAUCUGUAUCAUAUCGCGAAGGCGCAGUCGACGCUACCGAAGGAGGCGUUGGCGAUGAUUCGGUACCAUUCGUUUUACCCGUGGCAUUCGGCGGGGGCGUAUUAUGAGUUGAUGGAUGAGCAUGAUCAUGCUAUGUUGGAGGCGGUUAAGGCGUUUAAUCCGUAUGAUCUUUAUAGUAAGAGUGAUGAUGUGCCUAGUGUGGAGGUUCUGAAGCCGUAUUAUCUGGAACUUAUUGAUGAGUUCUUUCCGAACAAAGUUGUUAAGUGGUGA